GUUCGUGCGUUUCGGUAGUCCAUUUGUCUCCGUUCGUCGAACGCAUAAUACGGCGCGGCAGGCCGCGCAUGCGCGGUGACGCGAAUCUCCAGCGGCGCUGGCGAGAGGAGCGGAGUGUGUGACGGCAGGCUUUCAACGGUGAUCGCGACUCGCGGUUCAGUUGCUUACUAGCUUCGAGGUUGAAUGGGAUAGUUUCGUGGUGUACUCGUGGCUUUUAAAGAAACGCGAGGCUCAGCGAAUCCGUGUCCGUGGUGAAUGGAGAUCCGUUUCGCGUUCCGUAAUCCUCCACUAGUCCGUCUACCGUUCCCCUGCGAAUCUCUGUUAAAUUCGUCUCGACAAGACGCGAUUCCUCGAGCAGUGCCGCCGACAGUGAUACACUUUGCCGCGUAGAUAGUCACUGUGUGACAUACGCGUACAUGCACGGGGAUAUUUUGAUACGUCCGAUACGAGCUACCGUUCUAUGGAUACUACCGAAAACCGAUAUUACCGUAGAAACGUCUGAACUCCAUCAUCACGGAUUUACUUGUGUGCGACGAUAAAAUCGAAAAGCUCCAUUGUCGUCGGAGGAUACUCGAGUGGACAAGAUGUAUAGAAAUAAGUACAUAUAAGUAGGUGCCAAGAGAAGGAGAGAGAAAGAAGAAAGGCGGAAGAAACGAUACACGUGCGCGUGGUCGGUGUCUCGAAGAUACCUGUGGAUGCCAGGCUGGAGUCGCGACGUAUUAGGGCGCGGAUUUCUGCCCGAUGACCACCGAGGUGGUUCACUUCUACUUGCCAGCAGAUCCUCACCACUGAUAUUACGCCGCAUUAGACGAUUUAUCUGGCAAGCCGUGAUCGAGAAACGAGAGACUAGAACGUGGAGCAUAUUAUGAAAUUGUUGCCGACGAUCCAGCUGCCGCAAUUGCCACCGGUUUCGACCGGGGGUGGAAUGACGGGGAUGGACUCUCGGCUACCACCAGGUAUAUCUUUGCCUUUCAGCCCCACGGAGCUGCUCUGGCGAUACGGUCCAGCCAUGAAUUUUCCACCCACUCACCCACCGCCAACUCCUUUCCUCGACUUCAAGACUCAUCUGCCAGCGAGCCUAGCGUCCGACCCGCGAUUGUGGUCCCGCGAUGACGUGGCGACGUUUCUCCGGUGGGCUGAACGUGAAUUCGACCUGCCCCAAUUCGACAUGGACAUGUUCCAAAUGAACGGGAAGGCUCUGUGCCUGUUGACAAAAGCUGACCUGGGGGAAAGAUGCCCAGGCGCGGGCGACGUGUUGCACAACGUGCUUUCGAUGUUGGCCAGAGACUUUAAUCAGCUACAAAGGUGCCUUCCAAGUAGUCCGGUGACACCUACCAGGCCCUCCGCGUAUCCUCUCAGCCCUCAUUCCCAUCCCCCCACUCCGACCUGGACGGAGAACCCGUAUACCGCGAAUUUGGCCUCGUUAAUGUCCGCGAAUUCGGUGACAUUAUCUCCCGCGCCGUCGGUGGACAGCCAAGCUGGCUCCCCAGGACACACAGAGGGAACUCAAAGUCAGGUUUACAAGAGCGAUUCGGACGAGGAUAAUCAACAAGCGGCUACCGGAAGCCCGCCAGCCACGCCAACCGCUUUAGCAGCGCAAAGGCUAAGCGAAGUUUGCGUUAAGGAUCAACCGAGUCCCACGCUAGCACAGCCAAUGAUGCCUCUGACGCCCGGUGCCUUCAGGACGAAUCCUGCAAACGCUGCAAGGGAAUUUUUUCCCAACGAUUCGCCCGAACCAAACACAAAUGGUAGACUUUUGUGGGAUUUUCUUCAACAACUUUUAAACGACCCCUCGCAACGAUACACACAUUAUAUCGCGUGGAAAAGCCGGGAAACAGGUGUGUUUAAAAUUGUUGACCCUCCCGGGCUGGCGAGGCUUUGGGGCAUUCAAAAGAAUCAUCUUUCCAUGAAUUACGACAAAAUGAGUAGAGCCCUUCGAUACUACUACCGUGUAAAUAUUCUGCGAAAGGUCCAAGGAGAACGGCACUGUUACCAGUUUCUGCGAAACCCGACAGAGCUAAAGAACAUAAAGAACAUAUCUCUGCUGCGUCAGCAAAUGCGGAUAAAGUCAGAGCCGGAAGAAGAAGGAGGAAGUGGCGCCGAGCCGGAAAUCGAUAUGCCGACGGACCUCUCGAUGUCCAGCAUGAGUCAGCCAUCAAACGAGCAACAACAGCAACAGCAGCAACCUCUACCUCUUCACGAUCCGCCUACGAAGUAUAGAAGUCACGCGUACAAUCUCGUUAAAACCAACCAGGAGUCGGAGGAGAGGAAGUGACGCGAAACGUAGUGCUGAUUCGAUUGCACGUUUUGAAUGCUAGCAAGUGUCGACAGGCGUGUUACGCACUUUGAAAAUACGUUUCGAACAGAUCCGUUCCCGGGGAAGCGUAUUGGAAAAAGCUUCACAGGACGAAAAGUUUCUUUCGAACGUCCCUCGCUGCCAACAAAAAUUGUUUUCUAGGGACACUCGGUGUUGUUCGGGAGUCACGUGAUCACGACCGGACGGACACGAGAAGAGAUUGGUCCACGCGCUUGAAACCACUGGAUGAACGAUAUCUUUGGGGCGAUAAAAGAUUAAAA